UGCGCCCCCAUCCCCCUUCCCUUUCCAGGCAGCGGGGGAAAGUGGAAAAGUGGAAAAGCAGCGGAAGGAAACAGGAAAGCGAGCUCGGCUUAAGCAAAUACACAAGCACAAGUUGUUGCAGCAUCAGUGGAAUCCUGAGUGGGCUGUAGCUUGUAGAGCGGAGGAAGUAGGCUAAUGUAGCAGAAGAAGACUCGGGACUCAGUCACUUUGCAAACAGUAUCCCCCACUAAGCUCUGACUAGCGAAAUUUGCAGCCAGGCACCGUGACACCGAGUGAAAAAGUGCCUGCCUUGGUUAAAGUUGGGUUUAAACUUUUGACUGGCCGUGGCGCGUGGUUUUUGCCCCCGGGAGAAAUGUAUCAUUCGUGUCAUUAAUCAUUCGUCAUGUGGGACGGCGACAACAUUUCAUUUGCUUAUCAUCCGGCUCAAAGUCUUUGGGGGAAUGAACGCAACAAGAGCAGGCCUCAAAGUUGAAUGAAUCAAAUGGGCUGUCGGAAAACUUAUUUCUAAGCCUAGAAAUCCCUGACAAGUCAGUGGCUUCGCGUCCUCUGCGAGUAAAGGGAUUCGAGGAGGCAUAAGAAACAAGGGUUUUAUUGGCUAGUGCUAUUGCCAUGCCAUGCCUUCUUUUUCCGGCAAUGAGGUGACGAAUGAGCAGAUCGACGAACUGAGGGAUGCCUUUGAAAGGUAUGAUCUGGACUCGAAUGGCACUCUAUCAGCCCACGAGGUGCGCCUGGCCCUGAUUUCAGUGGGUUACGAAAUCACUGAGGCGGAGCUGUACGAUCUCAUCCAUUCGGUGGCUGUGAGAGACGAGGAGAGGCUGGACUUGAAAAAAUUCAUACGCAUGAUGGCGCCCCGAAUGGUCCAUGUGGAUAGUGAUCAAAGUCUACUCCGGACCUUCAACAUGAUUGACCGCGAUCGCGACGGCUACGUCACCGUCCAGGAUGUGCGUGCCAUCAUGGUCGUCCUGGGCGAAGUCGUAACCGAUGACGAUAUUAAGGAUAUCUGCCAAGCAGUCGAUAUGGAUGGCGAUGGUCGCAUAAGCCUGCGCGAUUUCAUAGGCUUUAUGCACAGCCCCAUUUGAACUGAAUGUAUCUCAAAAAUCUAUUGUAUAUAAAUAUAAAAAUUAUUGUUUUCAUA